AUGCCGGGGUUGAUCAACCGGACGACCAGCACCGUCCUCCCUCUGGCUGCCUCGGAGGUCACCUCCUGCGUCAGUGGCUACGCCUUUGGAAUGACUGCCUGCCUGUCCUACCACAACUCCGAGAACCAUCCUUUCGAAGGCUUGUUUGUCUACCCCCUGGACGAACACACAACGGUGGUGGGCUUCGAAGCGGUGAUUUCCGAGCGGGUGCUGACGGUGCAGAUCAAAGACAAAGCGAGAAUGGAGGAGAGCUGCUUUGGUGACGGAAGAGUUCCGGAUGAGGAGGGCUGCAUAGUUCUGGAUGAAGACCUGGAGAGGAUCGUCUUUGUGGCCAACGUGGGCAUCGUUCCUUCCCAAGUGGACGUGUCCAUCUGCAUCAGCACCUCCUCUGAGCUUCAGACCCUCCCAACCGGGGCCGUCAGGGUCCUCCUUCCGGCUGUCUGCGCCCCCAGAGUGCCCCACAAAGCCACCGAUUCGACCACCGGCUUCUCUGGACACCCCCUUCCAUUCAGGGACAGGCACUACAGCGGGACGCCGUCUCCAGAACAAGCAGGGAAAUUUUGCCUGGCGCAUCUCCUGGAAACCGAGACCACCAACCCCGUGGAGUACGAAUUCAGCUUCUCCCUGGAGAUCCGAGGGCCGUGUUUAUUGGCAGGGGUGGAAAGCCCCACGCACGAGAUCCGAGCGGACGCCGACCCUUCGGCCAGGUCGGCCAAGAGCAUCACCAUCACCCUGGCCAACAGACACACCUUCGACCGUCCGGUGGAGGUCCUGAUCCACCCGAGUGAGCCCCACAUGCCCCACGUCCUGAUGGAGGAGGGGGACAUGGCCCCUGCCCAGUACAAGCAGCACCUGAGGGGGCGGAGCGACUUCAUCAAAGGCACCAAGAAGGACCCCAGCGCCCAGAAAAAGACCGAAAUUAUCCGCAAGAGGCUUCACAAGGACAUCCCUCACCAUCCGGUGAUCAUGCUGAACUUCUGCCCGGAUCUGAAAGCGGUGCAGCCAAACCUCCGGAAGACCCACAGAGAAUUCAUAUUUCUGGUGGACCGAAGCAGAAGUAUGGCUGGCACAAGCAUCGCUCGGGUGAAGGAGGCGCUGGUGGUCAUCCUCAAGAGCCUCAUGCCGGGCUGUCUCUUCAACGUCAUCGGCUUCGGAUCCACCUUCAAGGCCGUCUUCCCUGCCAGCCAGGCCUACUCGGAGGAGAACCUGGCGGGGGCCUGCGAGAGCAUCAAGAAGAUCCGGGCGGACAUGGGCGGCACCAACCUCCUGCCGCCCCUGAAGUGGGCGCUCCGGCAGCCCAUCCAGCGGGGACACCCCCGCCUGCUCUUCCUGCUGACGGACGGGGCGGGGGGGAACACCGGCAAAAUCCUGGCGCUCCUGCGCAGCCACACCUUCUCCACCAGGUGCUACACUUUUGGCAUCGGCAAGAGCGCCUGCCGGAGGCUGCUGAAGGGCCUGGCCACCGUAACCAAAGGGAGCGCCGAGUUCCUGGCCGAAGGGGAGCGGCUGCAGCCAAAGAUGAUCAGGUCCCUGAAGAAAGCCCUGGCACCAGUGGUGAGCGAUGUCUCCGUAGAUUGGGUGUUUCCCGAAACGGCAGAAGUCCUGAUUUCGCCCGUCCACGCCAGCUGCCUUUUCCCGGGAGACCGUCUGGUGGCCUACAGCAUUGUGUGCGACACAUCCCUGUAUGUCUCUAACCCCCGGCUGGACAAGAGACGCCGUUACAGCAUGCUGCAUUCGCAAGAGUCAGGGAGCUCUGUUUUCUUCCAUUCACAAGAAGAAGAAGGAGGAGGAGGAGGAGGAGGAGGAGGAGGAGGAGGGCUGGAGAACUGGGAGGUCACCAAGGACCCCGGAAGUGGAUUUCCUUCGGAGAGGAGCAGCGGAGAGAUGGGAAGCGAAUCGGACAUAGAUUCAGGCUUAGACCCCGUAACGACAUCCCAGCGAAGGGCCUACAGCACCAGUCAGGUUGCCGACUGGGAGCCUCCCCAGAAGCUCCCCACGGCCAGUGACUCCGGCUCUGUGCCGAGGGCAAAUCCCCUCCGGAAAGCCCACCUGCAGGACCUCAGCCAGAUCGCUGCAGGCGCUCAGCCCUGGCAGGGGGAGCUUCAGCCUCUCACAGCCAGCUGCCCCCCAGCAACCAAGAUCCGAGGAGUGGGUGCACGGCGGCCGUCUCUGCUCCAGGACCUGCGACAGCUGCACCGGGACCCCACGCAGGCAGCCGUGGGGACAGGACCGGGGUCCCAAGACACCAACUCCCUUCCGGGGUUCACGUUUUCAGACAGCCGAAGCCCUGGAGAACUGGAGUCUGCCCAGCAUCCUUCCUUCAACUUUGAAACAGAGUCCGCCUCGGAUUGGGACCUUCCCGAUCCGGAACCGGGUUCCUCGGGCGGUGGUGGCUGGAGGGGGUCUCGAAGGUCGCUCUGCAAGGCCCUGGUGAAGGGGCUCCAGAACGGGGAACCGGUCAAGUGGGAGAUAACCUUCGACCUCAGUGGCCUCUUCCAAAGCAGAGAAGACAAGGGCCAGGGAGAAGAAGGAGAAGAAGAAGAAGGAGGAGACAUCUGGAAUGAGACUUUCCACCACCUGGCUGCCAAGUCCAUCGUCCAUGACUUUGAGCAGCUGGCCGAGAGGGAAUUUGAGAUUGAGCACGGGUCCGGGCGGCGGUACCAAGCCAACGCCGUGCACGCCAGCAAAUCCUGCAACGUGAUCAGCAAAUUCACGGUGUUUGUGCCGGUGGACCUGAGCAGCAACAGCUAUUUGCCAACCCUUGUUAAAUAUCCCCGUACAGAUGCAGAAGAGAACAUUUUGUCUCCUUCUGGCUCACUACCUUCCUCUGGGAGGGAUCGCCACAGUUUUCCAGACGGGUCACUACGCAGCCCAUCUGUUUCCUCUCAAAAGUCCAUUGAAAACUUCUUUGGCGCCAGGCUGACGUUUAACAAAACCAGGCUGCUGACCAAGGCUGCCCGGGGUUUCAUGGGAAAAUUUCCCGCAAAGAGCAACGAGCUCAGUUUGGAAAAUGACAACGACAGUGUUGAUUAUCUGCCACUGGUGUCUCUCCAGCUGGCCUCUGGCUCCUUCCUCUUGAACAAGGCCUUCUCUGAGGCCAUCAACAUCCCCCUGGAGAAGCUCAGGUGGACCUCGCCGUUUGCUUGCCACCGCACGGACCUCAGCCCUUCCACCAGCUCCAGGAAAGUGGAAGGUCCAGGAGAAGCCAAGGGCACAAGUGUGGCUGAUAUUCCAGAGAGACAUCUCCACAAAGAGGCUGAGAAGAAGGCUGCCCUGCAGGGACAUCCUUCUGGAGGCCCAGCAGAAAGCUCCUCCCGAGUCCCCAAGGCCGAGGGCAGCCUGUCCCCUCCCUCCAUCACCAUCCAGAGCUUCUCCACCCCAGAGAGCGGCCCGUCCCCGCCCGACAGCGGCCGAGGCUCAGAGACGGAAACCUCCGAGCUCCAGGCGUGGCUCUUCAACGUUGGCCUCCAGCAGCAGGCCGAUCCCGAGGGGAUGCUCUGGGCCACGGCGGUGGCCUUGGCAUGGCUGGAGCACAGCUCGGCCUCCUACUUCAUUGAGUGGGAGCUGGUGGCCGCCAAGGCCAGCCGGUGGCUCGGUGAGCAGGACAUCCCAGAAGGGCGAAACCUGCUGGCCCUCAAAACAGCUGCUCAACAGCUGUUUGUGCUGCUCCGGCACUGGAACGAAAAUCUGCAGUUCAACUUGUUGUGUUACAACCCGAAGGAUGUCUAG